AUGAAUUUUGACCAACUGAGAGCAUCAACAAUAGCGUCCUUUCUGACUCAGCUGCUAUUUGAAGAAGCCUAUAGUCCAUCUCGGGUAUUGCUUCUUGGUCCCUCCAUCACCAUGGUGUAUGCCCUCAGCAUUUGGUUCACCUAUGCCCUCUCUCAUGAGUUUGGGUGGAUCUCCAGCAUUCCGCAAGUCCUAUUUCCACCCUUGGCGAUUCAACUGGCAGCGGUGGCAGCUGCCUGGAAGACUGUUGUUGACAAUAAUCAAGUAGAUCCAGACAUGAUUUAUCGAUACAAUGUCUUUUUUUGGAUCCUGUCGAUCCAUCAGCUGUAUCAUCUACGACAAUCCCUUGUGGUGGGGAUUCCCACAUCCAAGAUUCCUUACUAUGGUGGAAAACACUUGAAGGGACAAACCAUUCUCGUGACGGGUGCCAAUGCGGGGAUUGGCAAGGAAACCGUCUAUCAAUUGUCCUGCAUGGGAGCCAGGCGCAUCGUCUUGCUGUGUCGGUCGGAGAAGAAGGGAAAGCAAGCCGAAUGGGACAUUCGCAUGAAACUGUCGACCCAACCACCCUAUGAGCAUGGGAACGAUACCGAAUUGAUUGUCUGCCAAUGUGACUUGAGUGACUUUGUCUCUAUUCGAACUGCAGUGCACCAUAUAAAAACAAACAAAAAGAUUGAAACGGUGGAUGUGAUCAUCAACAAUGCAGGAUUGGUCAUGGGGACACAUUCUAAAUCAAAGGAUGGAUACGAGCUCAUGAUGCAAGCGAAUUAUCUAGGACAUUUUCUCUUGACCCAACUACUGAUACAAGAAAAACUGUUGAAUCCGGAAAUAAGCGACGGUGAUGAUCCAUCAUCAAGGCCCCCUCGAGUCAUCAACUUGACGUCGUCCACGUUCAAACUAGUGGGCAAGGAGGGAUUUGAUUUUGACGACAUGUUCUGCGAAAAAGGCCGAAAAUAUACCAUGUUUGGCCAAUACAGCCAGACCAAACUCGCGAAUGUCUUGUAUACCAAAGAACUAUCAAGGAGGUAUCCCAAGUUGCUGGCCUACGCCGUCCAUCCUGGCAUUGUUCGAACCAAUGUCACCUCCAACAUGAGUUGGUACCUACGAGUCCCCAAUGCCAUUUUCUCCUGGUACAUUGCUGCCAUGCAAAAGACACCGACUCAAGGAGCCUAUAGCAGCGUGUAUUGUGCCGCAGCCUUUGUCGACAAUUUGCCUCCCAGCGGAUCCUUGGUGCACAAUUGCCAUCACCACGCGGACGACGCGGCCACAACUCCGGCUUCGGAAUCAAUUCCUGAUGCCAAGCGGUUAUGGGAGGUCAGUGAGCAUCUUACUGGAUUAAACUUCAAGAAGACUAAUUAA